AUGGCCUCCCGCUUGGCACGAAGCGCCGUCGGGGCUGCCCGCCUCCGACCGGCUGUCUCCCAGCGCGCUCUCCCGGCCCUGGCCUCCAUCAGCGCAAGCCGCCACGCCUCCUCCAACGUCCCCGAGAAGGCCGACCCCAAGACCAAGGCCCAGUCCCUCAUCGACUCUCUGCCCGGCAGCUCGCUGGUCUCCAAGACCGCCAUCCUGUCCUCCGCCGCCGGUCUGUCCGCCUACGCCAUCAGCAACGAGUACUAUGUCGUCAACGAGGAGACCGUCGUCGCCUUCUGUCUGCUGAGCGUCUGGGGUGCCCUCAUCAAGUACGGUGGCCCCAUGUACAAGGAGUGGGCCGAGGCUCAGAACCAGAAGAUCAAGGGCAUCCUGAACGCCGCCCGUGCCGACCACACCCAGGCCGUCAAGGAUCGCAUCGACAACGUCCAGCAGAUGGGCGGCGUCGUUGACACCACCAAGGCCCUCUUCGCCGUCUCCAAGGAGACCGCCGAGCUUGAGGCCAAGGCCUACGAGCUGGAGCAGUCCACUGCCCUGGCUGCCGAGGCCAAGACCGUCUUGGACUCGUGGGUCCGCUACGAGGGCCAGGUCAAGCAGCGCCAGCAGAAGGAGCUGGCCGAGAACAUCAUUGCCAAGGUCACCAAGGAGCUGGAGAACCCUAAGGUCCUGCAGCAGAUCCUGCAGCAGAGCGUGGCUGACGUCGAGAGAAUCGUCUCGUCAAAGUCCCAAUAG